AUGUCUCAGCUUUUGAUUGUGACUAUGCACUUGUUGAAAGUUGUUAGACCCAUUUGUAGACAAUCACGGGCCUUGUUUUCUACUGCGCAGGUUAAUUUUGAAAAAUUACUGAAUUGUGCAAAAGAACCCAGUUUAAAUGACUCGAAAUCGAGUAAAGUUGAAUUAGAUGCCUCGGUUUCAAACAAGAUUUGCUUAGGUGGCUCAAAAUGUGACCUUGAAGCAAUGAGAGAGAGUGCGAUAAACGGGACUAUUACAGCAGAGGCCUAUCUCAAGAGCAAUCACUUUGCAUUUCAAGAGAAUUCCAGGGCAAAAGCAAUGGCUAUGAUUGGUGAAGCUAUAUCACUAGUUUCGCCUAGAACGAAACCGAUGAUUUCAAUAGAUUGCGAAAGCCACGAGAUUUCCCAAUCAAAAAUCACUGAAGUUGGUAUAUCGAUAUUAAAAGCUCUGACGUUCAACACCAUGCUUCCAAUGAUCAAACCAAUGCAUAUUAUAAUCAAAGAAAAUAUCAAAAGAACAAAUCACAAAUUUGUGCCCAAUAACAAGAAUUACUUUUCAAAUGGCGUGUCGUAUCUAAUGACCAAAAAGACUGCUGCGAAAUUUAUAAAGUUGUUGCUUGACAAAUACUUGUUUGAUCUUGAAGGGAUUUUUGUUGGCCAUGCAAUAGAACAGGAUAUCAAGUAUCUAGAAAAAUUGGGGGUUAAACUCUCUGAACCAUUUCAUCGAAUAGAUACAUUCAAGUUGCACAGGUUAUCUAGAUCAAAAGGAGGCUCAUUAGCCUCGUGUUUGAAGAGCAUGGAUAUACCUCAUGCUUAUCUACACAAUGCUGGCAAUGAUGCUUAUUAUACAUUACUACUAGCUCUAGCUUAUUGUGACCCUGCUACAAGAAUCUUGAAGAAUUUAGAUCAAUAUACCGAAGUUGUUGGAAAUGGGAAGAAAAAAAAGAUUAUCAAUGAUAAGUCGGACUUGGUGGUAGUUGACGAUGUAGAAGAGCUACUUGCAGGUUUAGAUAGGUGGUAA